AUGCGUUCCUCCACCAUCAUCCUUGGACUUCUGUCCCUGAUUGGCAGUGCCAUUGCCGGCAAGCACCACAACUGCGGUUGCGACAUCCAGGGCAAGUACGACGUCGACCUCAGCCACAAGACGUGCGACCGCUGGGCCAGGAACAACAACCCCAACACCCACUUUGAUGGCUACUCUUGCGUUGACAAGGGAACUGGAAGGGGAAUUGACGGAGCGCCAUGGGAGGCGACUUGCCGUGACGAGUGGACCAGCACUGCUGGCCACCUUGGCACGGAUGUUACUGGCGACUGCUGGCACGACACCGUUUAG